AUUGAGCGGAAAAGAUUUUUCACAGCGUAGAAAAAUCCAUAGAAUUUCGCAGAAAUUCUAAAACUUGGAAUAAUCAAACUUAUUAUGAAGGAUUUAAAGGAUAAACGUUCCGCAGGCGUGGCCGUGGAAAAGGAAAAGGACAAGAAUUCCGACCGCGUAGCGGCGGAAAUUUCGAGUAUGGAGUUGGAAAACGUGAGUCUGGCUGACCGUGCUGCGGCGGCCAAGGGGACGACAGGAUCGGAGCGCACCCGGGGAGUUCCGGCGGUGCAGAAGUCUAGCGAUCGCUCGGCGGUCGCGACGGCUCGGCCGAAAACGUGUAAGUCGAAGGAUGAAAUUGGAAUGGUGAACAAUCGUCUCGACAGACUCGAAGGCUUACUUUGCCAAUUUAUGGAGGCUCUUCCCAAUAAACAAGAUGAUAUGGCAGGCAUGGGACAUGCACAGCCAGAGCGACAUUUUGAUCUUGGUCGCAGUGAAACAGCCUCCACCGCAAGUCAUACAGAGGGAAUUAUGGAAGUUGAAGAUGAGAGCACAAGUGCAGAGUUGGAGUCUUGCACGGAGAUGACUGAAUCACUAAAAGUUCCAGCUUUUGCUGCUAAAUUUGCGGUAGCAUCAGACAUUGGGCAACCUCUUGAGGAAGAAUUGGCUAACUCUGUGAAUUACUUAAUGAGCCAUCACUUGGAGGAAAAAGUGCUGGAUGAGACCAGCAGCAAAUAUCCAUGCCCGUCAAACUGCAGAGUCAUUGACACUCCGAAAGUUAAUCAGACAAUUUGGGACAAUUUGUCUGCCUCUGUCCGUACCAAGGAUGUCAAACUUCAGAGGGUCCAAAAAUCUCUUACGAGGGGCAUCUCGGCUUACGUCAGUCUUCUUGAUCCAAAUAACAUGUCCUCUGAACAACAGGACGUUUUGGCAUUGUUAUGCAAUGCUAAUUUUGAGAUGAAUGCCCUCCGCAAAGAACUGAUAAAGCCAGAUCUUAACACAAAGUUUACUCAUCUUUGCAAGCCCACAAAUCCAGUAACAAAGUACCUAUUCGGAGAUGAUCUGGGCAAGCAGGUGAAAGACUUGCAAGACCAGCAUAAAGCGGCAGCUGGAGUUAUGAAAGGUGGUUAUAAAAAACCGAAACCAUCAUAUAGACCUUAUCCAAGCCAAGGGCAUGAACGUAGAUAUAAAGAAGCUGGUUGGACGUCGCGGACAUCCUACUCUGACUCACCAGGCAGUGCGUCAAGACCUUUUUUAGGCCAGCGAACCCAGUGGAGGAGAAGAGCUCCACAGGUCCCUCACACAUUCACACCGACAGCAGCUCGGGAGGGACAUCAAGCCCCACAGUUCAGAGAGUCCAGCCAAGGGCAGGGCAGAAAGUAGAGAAACUACCAGAUUUUGACAAGGCUUGGAGCGGACUCUAUGCCAAACAAGGCCUCACACAAAGGACAAUAGAUGUUAUAGCAGCUUCGUGGAAAGGAUCCACCAAGUCACAGUACCAGGUGUACAUAAGGAAAUGGAAAAAGUUUUGUGCCAAGAGACACAUUAAUUAUUUACAAGUCAAAGUUUGUGAUGUUCUUGCCUUUCUCACAUUUAUGUUGGACGAAGAGAAGGUUGGUUAUAGCAGCCUAAAUACAGCUAGAA